UUCAGCUACAGUGUGAGAGAGCGAGAGAUGUGCAGCUCCUGCUGAAAAUAACAUGCAGUCCUCAGAGCGCACGGUGUUUUUUUUCGCCAGGGUGAAAAUCUAACAGAGGUCUAGCAAAAGCAUCGGUGGAAUUCGCUGUUAAAAGAGGGAUUGUACAAGAAACACGAGCGAGCGGAGAGACGAGAUUUGAACGCGCUGCUGUGAGAGACCAGCGGACGACUGACUGAGAGGUCUAUUCAACAACAUUUCUUUGUUUCUCCGUCUUAUUCCGGUUUUUUCGUCUUUAACAUGGCGAGCGAUUCCCCGGCUCGGAGUCUGGAUGAAAUAGACCUCUCCACUUUAAGGGACCCUGCUGGAAUUUUUGAGCUGGUGGAGCUGGUGGGCAAUGGCACGUAUGGUCAGGUGUAUAAGGGCCGACAUGUCAAAACAGGUCAACUGGCUGCUAUCAAGUGCAUGGAUGUCACAGGGGAGGAAGAGGAGGAGAUCAAAGCGGAGAUCAACAUGCUGAAGAAAUACUCUCACCACAGGAACAUCGCCACCUACUAUGGUGCCUUUAUUAAAAAGAACCCACCCGGCGUGGAUGACCAGCUGUGGCUGGUGAUGGAGUUUUGUGGUGCAGGCUCAGUGACGGACCUGAUCAAGAACACCAAAGGAAACUCGCUGAAAGAAGACUGGACUGCCUACAUUAGCAGAGAGAUCCUCAGGGGGCUCACUCAUCUCCACCAACACAAAGUCAUCCACAGAGACAUCAAAGGCCAGAACGUGCUGCUAACAGAAAACGCUGAGGUCAAACUAGUGGACUUCGGUGUGAGCGCACAGCUGGACCGAACCGUCAGCCGCAGGAACACUUUCAUCGGCACCCCUUAUUGGAUGGCACCAGAGGUCAUUGCGUGUGAUGAGAAUCCUGAUGCCACAUAUGACUACAAGAGUGACCUGUGGUCAUUGGGAAUCACGGCCCUUGAAAUGGCUGAAGGAGCUCCACCCCUUUGUGAUAUGCAUCCAAUGAGAGCCCUGUUUCUGAUCCCCAGAAACCCCGCUCCCAGGCUCAAGUCCAAGAAGUGGACUAAGAGAUUCCACUCGUUCAUCGAGAGCUGUUUGGUGAAGAACCACAACAUGAGGCCUGGUACAGAGCAGCUCCUCAAACACCCCUUCAUCCGGGACAUGCCGAACGAGAGGCAGAUCCGCAUCCAGUUGAAGGACCACAUCGAUCGCACCAAGAAGAAGAGAGGAGAGAGAGAUGAGACGGAGUAUGAGUACAGCGGGAGUGAAGAUGAGGAGGAGGCCAUGCUUGAGAUUGGAGAACCCAGCUCCAUUAUCAACAUACCCGGAGAGUCAACUCUACGGCGGGAUUUCCUGCGACUGCAGGUGGCCAAUAAGGAACGUUCCGAGGCCCUGCGCAGACAACAGCUGGAGCAGCAGCAGAACGAGGGACACAAACAUCAACUGCUGGCAGAGAGACAGAAACGCAUCGAGGAACAGAAAGAACAGAGACGCAGAUUAGAAGAGCAACAGCGGCGGGAACGUGAAGCGAGAAAACAGCAGGAGCAGAGACAUCGCUAUGAGGAGCUCCGGCGAGAGGAGGAGAGGAGACAGGCUGAAAGAGAGCAGGAGUAUAUCCGUCGUCAGUUGGAGGAGGAACAGAGACAACUCGAGAUCCUACAACAACAGCUCUUGCAAGAGCAGGCGCUCCUACUGGAGUAUAAACGUAAACAGGUGGAGGAACAAAGACAGGCAGAUAGAUUGCAGAGGCAGCUCCAACAAGAAAGAGCUUACCUCGUCUCUCUCCAACAACAACAGCAGCAGCAACAACAAGACUCCAGACCUGAAGAGAAGAAGCAACUUUACCACUACAAAGAUGCCGUCAACCCCAGCGACAAACCAGCAUGGGCUAAAAAGGUUGAGGAGCGCUCUAAAAUGAACCGCCAGAGCUCUCCUGCCCUACAGCAUAAAGUGGCCAAUCGUAUCUCUGACCCUUCCCUCCCGCCCCGCUCUGAGUCCUUCAGCAGUGGGGGAAUGCAGCCAGCACGCACCCCUCCUAUGCACCGCCCUGUGGAGCCUCAGAUGGCUCAUUUGGUUCCAGUGAGGUCCCAUAGCUCUUCUCUGUCAGUCUCGCAGUCUUUGCAUGAUCAAUCUGCAAAGGGCGUUUCAGCCUUCCAGGAGAGCCUGGUGUCCAAUCGACCAGAGAUGCCUCGACAGAACUCUGACCCAACUUCAGAGAUGCCCCCUCCUGCCCCUCGCAUGGCCAGCCAUGAGGAAAAACCUGACCGCAGUUCCCCCUGGCUGAGGGAAGACGCCGUUCCUCCCAAGUUGUGCGGUACUACCCAGGUGCCCCAGAGGACCACUUCUAUCUCCCCUGCUCUGGCGAGGAAAAACUCUCCUGGGAAUGGAGAGUCCAGUGGAGGGGGGCGAUCGGCCUCUCAGCUCACCCGCACCAGUAAUCCAGACCUGAGGAGGACAGAGUUGUCUCUGGAUGUGGCACUGCAGAGAACCAGCAGCAACAGCUCCUCCAGCUCCAGCACACCCAGCUCUCAGGGUGGAUCCCAGCCUGGAUCCAGUGAGAGGAACCAGCCAAGAGGAUCUGGUAAAUCAGAGGGAUCUCCAGUGGCAUUACAGGAAACUUCCAAGCCCAUUCAGGAGGAAGGCCGAGAGCUGAGCAAACCCAGUCGACCUGCAGAUCUGACUGCUCUGGCGAAAGAACUAAGGGAGCUGCGAAUAGAUGAGGUCAGUCGACCCCCUCUUAAACUCACAGACUACUCCUCUUCUAGUGAGGACUCUGAUAGCAGUGAGGAUGAGGAUGGUACGGUGGGACACGACGGCACUGUGUCAGUCAGUGACAUACCCAGGAUCAUGCCCUCUGUUCAAGGAAAUAAUGAGUCGUUCACGAGCAGCCACGAUGAUUCCCUCACUGACUCCUACAAUGAUGAGUCUAAAGAUGGUACACUGAGGAUGCGAGAGACCAAUGAGAGGCAGCGCUUGGGUCAUGGCGAGAGCAAUGGCUUUGCAGGCCAUGGAAACCUACCAGACCUGCUGCAGCAGAGCCACUCUCCAUCAGGAACUCCAACAGGCCUCAAUUCCCAGCACCUGGACUCUAUGGAUGAGUUCGGUCUUGGCGGUGGUUCGAAAGCUUCUUUCACUCCUUUUGUGGACCCGCGAGUGUAUCAAACCUCCCCCACAGACGACGACGAUGAGAGCUCAGCGGCCGCUAUGUUUGCGAAUGAGCUGUUGCGUCAAGAGCAGGCCAAGCUGAACGAGGCCCGCAAGAUCUCUGUGGUGAACGUCAACCCGACUAACAUCAGACCUCACAGCGACACGCCAGAGAUCCGCAAAUACAAAAAACGCUUUAACUCCGAGAUCUUGUGUGCUGCUCUAUGGGGUGUCAACCUCUUGGUGGGCACUGAGAAUGGUCUUAUGCUGCUGGAUCGUAGCGGUCAGGGCAAGGUUUAUAACCUCAUCACUCGCAGACGCUUCCAACAGAUGGAUGUACUGGAGGGUCUUAAUGUCCUGGUCACCAUAUCAGGGAAGAAAAAUAAGCUGCGUGUGUACUACUUGUCAUGGCUGAGAAACCGGAUACUGCACAAUGACCCAGAGGUGGAGAAGAAGCAGGGCUGGAUCACUGUUGGUGAACUGGAAGGCUGCAUUCACUAUAAAGUUGUGAAAUACGAGAGAAUCAAAUUCCUGGUGAUUGCGCUGAAGAACUCGGUAGAGAUUUACGCAUGGGCCCCCAAGCCGUACCAUAAAUUCAUGGCUUUCAAGUCGUUCACAGAGCUGCAGCACAGGCCUCAGCUGGUGGACCUCACAGUAGAAGAAGGUCAAAGGUUAAAGGUCAUCUACGGCUCCAGUGUGGGCUUUCACGUCAUCGAUGUGGAUUCUGGAAGCCCCUACGACAUCUACAUACCGUCACAUAUUCAGAGCACUGUGACUCCUCAUGCCAUCGUGGUGCUUCCAAAGACUGAUGGCAUGGAGAUGUUGCUGUGUUAUGAAGAUGAGGGCGUUUAUGUCAAUACCUACGGCAGAAUCACCAAGGACGUUGUCUUGCAGUGGGGAGAGAUGCCCACCUCUGUUGCUUAUAUCCAUUCCAACCAGAUCAUGGGCUGGGGAGAGAAAGCCAUUGAGAUCCGCUCUGUGGAAACUGGUCACCUGGAUGGGGUUUUCAUGCACAAGAGAGCUCAGAGACUCAAGUUCCUGUGUGAGAGGAAUGACAAGGUGUUCUUCGCCUCGGUGCGGUCAGGCGGCAGCAGUCAAGUGUUCUUCAUGACCCUGAACAGGAACUCUCUGAUGAACUGGUGAAGCUCCUGCACAAGCAACACUGUGGAGUCUUUCUCCCCGUCAGCAUUGCAUCUGUGAGCGCACGGUACAUUGACACUUUGGUCUGAAAAAGAUUAACAAAUUAUUAUAGAGACUCUGGAGGAUCGUUCCCGGAGACGUGGGUGUGUCCCGCACGCAGAGAGCACUGGCUCAUGGAGGUGCAGUAUCUGACGUCACCUGCAGUGGCGCGCAGCUCCCAAAAGAGGGCGCCGAUUAACUUGAACUCUGUUUUAGACCUUAUUUGUGGCCUCUGGUAAAAAAAAAAAUAAUAAUAAUAAUAAAGCCUGUCCUUUUUAGGAUCCUCCCCAUUUCCGUUUCCAGUCCCUGGUUACCCCAUUGGCUUUCAGUUUACGCUGAGAUUUUAGUCAAUUGCAUGAUUGUAAAGAAAUGGGCGGUGUUUAAAAACGUGAGGAUAACAUUAGCAAAGCACUCAGGCUAAGACCAAGCUUUAGUCUCUUGAUGUUUCACUUUAUGAUAUUGGCAAACGUUUCUGCCACUUACACAAGUAUCCGUGAUGCCCAUUGAUUUUAUUUUUGUGUCCGGUUUCUGACGUACUUAAAAGAAACAAACACUGGUGCUCAUUUGUAUAUUGUCGACAAGAUCCAUAUACUGUACAUUUAUCCAAAGUACUGUAUUUCGAAGUAUAGUUCAGUUUGUUUAAUAGCUUCGAGGUGGGAAAGGAGGAGCUGAGCUGAUUAUGAUUGGAUCUUUAAGUUGCGAACCAUGUUUUUCUUUAACGUCUUUUGGUCCUUUUUUUGGAAUGUUUGAAACAGGAACAUGAACGUUACCUGAGUGAAAUCCACAGUAGCCACACGCUUCCCUUCACUGGUUGCAUGUUUUGUAGACACUGGAUGUGUAUGUCGGAGCAACAUGAUAUCUGAAAUCAAGAAAUGGAAAACAUAAUAAAAAUAAGGAUAAAAGCACCUGUAUUUCAGUGACGAUUGAGAAUUGAUGAGGACUUUUAUGUUUUAUUCUAGUGCCGAGCACAAAUUUAAACGUGAAAUCAAGCAUUAGAAACACAUGAUUUCUAUUUUUGCAUCUAAAACUUCUAAUUUGUAGCCCGUAAGUCUGUUUUUUGGCAUUUAAACAUUGAUUGAUUGCAGUUUUAUUUUGCAGUGUUUAAUCAGUCGAAUUAACCCGGGGCUUAAAACAUUCCAAAAAGGGAAAAGGGUCUUUACAAUGACAGUGAUACUUAAAAUUCAACAUUUAUAAAUGUAAGAGAGAUCAACUCUUUCCCUCUUGGUACAAAACUACUACAGAUAUUAAACACAAUGUAUUGUUCAUUAGAUUAUUAGUAUUAUUAUAUUUUUAUUGCGUGUUUUUUUUUUUGUAUGUUUGCCUGCUGGGUCUCAGUGGGACGCUUUAGAUGUUCUCAAAGUCACUCGAUGUUUGCACACUAUAUAGAUAUUUAUAUUUCUUUCACAUCUCUUACAUAGCAGAAGAAGAUAUUUUAACGGUGAGGGAAUGAGAGGUUUUUUAGCAAUAAUGUCCUGCUGAUGUAUGUAUGCGUGUGUGUAUGCUGUGUGAAACACUGUGUUCAGCCAGUGAAGAUCCUCGCUGCGCUCUUUUAAUUGACUACAUGAUUUGACACUCAAGAAUGGUUACUUAAUGUUUCUGUCUUAAUACGUUUUUAAUGAUCGUCGUUCUUUCCGAAGCUCUAAACGAGACUUUCGGUUCUUUUAAAGUGAUACAAGCACUAUGUCCUCCCUUUUCUUUUUUUCCCCUCUCCCUUUUUUUAAUUAUUAUUGUUGUUGUUGUUGUUUUUUGGUUUGUUUUUAAUUUUAUUUUAUGAUAAGAAAAAAGAAUAAAACAAAUAAGUACCUUU